AUGUCAUCAAAUCAUCACAAUUUUGAUACCAAUUUUGAUACUGUUCUUGCAUUCAACAUUUUGAAAUUCACUCAUCAUGAAGAGUGGAGUGUUAUCAAGCCAUUUCUCAUCUCAUCUUCAUUUAGGAAUGUAUUUGAAUCGGAGGAGUUUGCAAAGCAAUACUUGUUGAAUUGGUUUCAAUUAUCGGAAGAGGAGAUUAAUCAAUUGGAAAGAUUUGGUCUUGAAUUUGGAAGGAUUUGGAAAAACAAUUCAGAAAAUACAGAUGAACAACCACAAAAGAAGAGAAAGAUGGAUCGUGAAAUUGUAACAGAGACCUUUUCACCUCCACAAACAAUGAAUGAAAUUUUACAAAUGUACACCAAACUAUUCUAUAAAGUAAAUCUGGAAAAGACCAAGACACGUAUCAUUGAAACAUUGAAUAAUUAUAAUAGAGGUGAUAGGAAUAGUGCAGAAAAGAUUUCAGAAAUUAAAAAAUUGGUUGCCUGUAUGGAGUGUGAUGAACUGAUUGCUCAAUCAUUCAAACGAUUUGGUAACAAUAGUUUGGCAAGUGUUGAGACUAAGGAGAAGGACUUUACAUUUAAUAGAUUAACAGUUCAACAAUGUUUUGGAAGAGUGAAAGAAGUUUUUCUGUUGGAUCAUGUUGUGGAGGAAAGAGUUACUGAUUUUGUUACCAAGAAUGAGAUUAUUGUAUUUACAAAUAUUGGAUAUCCUCUCUUACUGAAAACAACAUUUAUUAAUGGAUAUAGUCUUGAUCAAUCUGAGAAUUUAUACAUUUACUCUCACGAAUUAUUCAACAAUCAGAGAAGAGAAAACAUGAGAGUAAGUCAAUAUUCUCAAACUCACAAUCAAGAGCUUUUAGAUUCACUGAAAACAAUACUCCUUUCCAAAAGAGCGAAUGAGUUUUUGAUAAGAAAUGGAGUCAAAGUUCAUCAAAUUGAUGAUGUAAAACAAGCAAUGAUUUAUGAUUUUCUAGAAUUGAGUUUUGGAAGUUUCAAUUCAUCCUUUAGAUUGGACAGCUUGGGCUGGAUUCCUUUUGUAGGAAAGGUUAAGGGUGAUGGAGAUGAUUACGAAUCAGACGAUUCUGACUAUUAGAAAUAAUCAGAUUAUUCAAUAACUCCAGUUUUUCUGGAGAAUAAUUGUUUCAAGGUAGAAUCAAGUUUAUUCAGCAGAAGGAGGGUAACAUCUAUUCCUUUGAACACUAUCUUGUUUCAAAUAACAGGAUUUACCAGAAUUAUUUUCCCAGUAAUUAUUUAGAUACUGAUAUAUUUGUAUCAUUAGGAAUGACUAGCUUUUGUGAAAUGUAUAGACUUUGGAAAGUGUCAGAAUUUGGAUUUGUGGGUAUUGUGGUCGAUUUGAUUGUUUGUUGCUUAUUGCCAUAAUUAUUAUAAUUAAAUAUCAAAUUAAAACUCAGUAAAUAUAACUCUUACUACCUAUACGGAUAUUUAUACGUAAACUCAUCAAUGUUUGGAAAAUAUUCAAUCACAUUCAUAAUACUCCCACAGAGGGGCCAUUAAAUAAACGAAUCUUUACAAUGUAAGGCAGCAAAUCCCUACACGAAUCUUAGAUAGUCUAAAGAUUUGGUCUCAGGUUGUUAUUGAUAUAAGAGACAUUAAUAAAGUUUCACGUUUUAUUGU